CGGCUGCAAGGGCAUCCGGACCUGUCUCAUCUGCGAGCGGCCUCGCCACGGUGACCCAAUCUGGCAGCUCGCCCCGAAGCUAGGAUUACAGGUGUGAGCCACCAGUGCCUGGCUCUUGGCUGCUCUCCUGACUUUGCUGCACCUCUUGUUUGAAGUGGAGAAUGCAGGAAAGAUUAAAGAGGAAAGACAAAAGGAUUGAGAACAUAACUGUCUCUACAGGGUUGUGGUCCAAGUUCUGCCUGCGGCCCACAGGCUCCAGCCACCAACCCAGGUGGCUUUAGGGAAGGAGACCAUUGUCCCCUACCCCAGGCCAGGUGCCUGGGGAUGCUUAGGCACCUGGUAGAGGCCCUCAGGAGCCCCAGGACCUGCUUCUCUUUGCAGAAAACCCAUCGCUUCCUUUACUGCUUGGAUACCGGCUGGGCUGUGGGGGCUGAGGACUCUGACUUUGAGGGCUGGGCCUUCCCCUUUCCGGGGGUGACACUGAUAGAGGACUUUGUGACCCCGGAGGAAGAGGCUGAGAUGGUGUGUCUGAUGGACCAAGACCCUUGGAAGCUCUCUCAGUCUGGGCGGAGGAAGCAGGACUAUGGCCCCAAAGUGAAUUUUCGGAAGCAGAAGCUGAGGAUGGCCGGUUUCCAGGGCCUCCCCAGCUUCAGCCAGGAGCUGGUGCGGAGGAUGGGCCUCUACCCGGAGCUGGAGGACUUCCAGCCUGUGGAGCAGUGUAACCUGGACUACAGCCCCACGCGGGGCUCUGCCAUCGACCCCCACCUGGAUGACUCCUGGCUGUGGGGGGAGCGGCUGGUGAGCCUCAACCUCCUGUCCCCCACUGUGAUGUCCAUGGGCCGGGAGGCGUCCGGCAGCCUGCUGCUCAGCCCAGCUCCUCCUGCCAGCCCUGAGGCUUCCAUGGACAGCAUGCUAGGCCCCAGCAGGUCAGUCCUGUGCCACGAGGUGGAGGUGGCCGUCCCUGUCCCGCGCCGCUCCCUGCUGGUGCUCACCGGGGCUGCGCGGCACCAAUGGACCCACGCCAUCCACCGCAGGCACAUUAAGGCCCGCCGUGUGUGCGCCACGUUCCGUGAGCUGUCAGCUGAGUUCUGCCCCGGUGGGAAGCAGCAGGACCUGGGCCAUGAGCUCCUGCGUGUCGCGCUGUCCUUCCAAGGGAGACCCGUCCUGUGAGCAGGACAGGCUGGUGCGGACCUCACGGGCAUGGCCGCCAGUGCACACUCCCUGCUCCCUGCUCAGUGGAUUUUACUCUUUGGUGUGGAGUUGGGGAUGGAAUGGGGACAUCGUUGGGAGAAGCCAUCAGACUUAGACUGUGGUGGGCAGCCCAGAGCUGGCCUUGCUGGAACCCUCCACGUCCACCCCCUUGCACUGGAACUGUGGCUGCUGUUUGGGUUAUUUACAUAUCACACUUUGGAAAGGUAGGAUUUGGACUUUGAAAACUGCCACUGUGUGAAAGGGUUUUCCCUGCAUGGGGUGUGCGACCAGCCUGCCACCAACCCUUCAUCCACUCUGAGGGGGUGCAGAGGACUGGAUGAGGACCUGACAGAUCUCAAGUUCUGACUUCUGAGUCUGGCUUAGCCUGAGUCACUUUUGACCUCUUGGGCUGGGAUGUACAGGGCGUCUGGGAACCUCAUUGCUUUAUCUCCCUACAGUCCGAAGAAGUAGGGAAGAGCUGGA